AUGGAUAAGACGAAUUGGCAACGGGUAGCUGGUAGCAAUGUCGAAGGAGAUCGAUCGAAUCAAUUGGAUCAACCAACAGAUGUGUUGAUCGACAAAGAGACUGAUAAUCUCAUUAUUUGUGACCAAGGGAAUCGACGAGUCGUACGAUGGUCUCGUCGAAGUGGUACAACUCACGGAGAAACCCUCAUCGACAACAUCCGUUGUUGGGGAUUGGCCAUGGAUGAUCAGAGAUAUCUUUACAUCUCUGACAUCGAAAAACAUGAAGUAAGACGAUAUCAAAUAGGAGACAAGGAUGGAACUAUCGUGGCUGGUGGUAAUGGCCAAGGUAAUGGUCUCAAUCAACUCAACUGGCCGACCUGCAUCUUUGUCGAUCAACAACAGACUGUCUACGUGUCAGACAACAACAAUCAUCGUGUAAUGAAAUGGAAUAAAGGUGCAAAAGAAGGAAUUGUCGUCGCUGGGGGUCACGGCAAAGGCAAUGCUCCGAAACAAUUGUGGUAUCCUGAAGGACUGUUCGUCGAUACAUUGGGUACCAUCUAUGUGGCAGACUCGUGGAAUAAUCGAGUGAUGCGUUGGCCUAAACGAGAGAAAGAGGGCAUUGUUAUUGUGGGUGGAAAUGAUAAACAGGAUGAAGAUGAAGAUGAUGAGGAUGAAGAUGAAGAGGAUGAAGAGGAUGAAGAUGAAGAAGAUGAAUAUGACGAGGAUGAAGAUGAAGAAGAUGAAUAUGACGAGGAUGAAGAAGAUGAAGAUGACGAGGAUGAGGAUGAAGAUGAAGAAGAUGAACAUAAAGAACAAAGAGCAGAUCAGUUGAACGGUCCCACCGGUUUGUCCUUCGAUCGUCAUGGAAAUCUCUAUGUCGUCGAUCAGUGGAAUCAUCGUGUUCAAAGAUUUUCAAUCAAAUAG